GGAAAAAAAAAAAAAAAAAAAAAAAAAAAAACAAGACAGGCUUCCCUAAAAAUGGAGGAAAAAUGAGUAAAAGUGUUAUUUAAUGCAAGAAAGUUGAUGGUAAGCCAGCAUGAGCGUUCUGGUCAGAAUUGGCCUUUUCAUAAAACCAAUAUAAAACAAAUGAUUAAAACUGCCUGAACAUAGUCAUGUAUGUUAUUUAUGAAGUGUUGGAUAACCUGUAUCCUGCGUCUCAAGCAUUAAGGGCUGGAAAAUGAAACCACCGCCCUCCUGCAACUGUGCAAGUCUAGAAAAUGGAAUGUUGGAUGAAUUUUAUUUGAUUACACUUUAUUGUCAUUGUACUAAACAAAACUAUUAGUGCCACUGAAUGUAAGGUGUGUAAUAAACACAUUAUACGCCCUAAACAAUCCACGCACUCUCAUUAGUAAAUGAUAGACAACGUGCAGCACAACCUCUCUAAAAUAUUUGUAGCCAAGCCAUCUACAAAUAAUUUCACAAUUAUUUGAGAAUGGAUAGAACAUUCAAGAACCAAGGUUACAGUUAAUUAUAGAACAAUAGUCUCACCAUUUUGGAGUUUUUCAAUGGAGAUACUAAUGUAUUUGUUAAUUUGAUUGCAUUGUGCAGAUAACAAAUGUGUAAAGGUUCAUCAUUUUUUAAACACGUCUUUGCACAAAACAUCGGCCCAAUACCAGUAUGAAGGUAUAUCGAGAUUUUUAUAAAACAUGUUUGUUUUUUGUUCUUUUGCUCAUACUGUUGCUGAGGUUUAAAACUGUUUCAAUCAGUGAUCCGAGUUUUUACUGUGCAGCUAGAGAUUAAAGUAAUACAUCGCUGCUCCUUUCUUAUCUUUGGGUGCAUACUCCUUAUCUGCUUCGGGUUAGUUACAUUAAACCACCGAUUCACAACAAAUGUCAUCUCUAGUUUUGUUUUACAGAAACACAGUCACAUUCAUUCAUUUUUGUUUGUGGUGAUAGUGGCUAGUUGAUGGCAUUGUGUUGUUAACUUUGCAGCAGUCCCUUUUGCUAAACAAGCAGCUAUUGCUCAGAUUCAGGCGUUUGGAGGAGACAGAUUAGAUGCGCACACACAAAAUGUAGAGGCACUGACUGUGGAGUACUAAAUGAAAAAGUUAAUACCAAGUGUAGUUUCUUCAGUGGCUUCAUGUAGGAGAGAAACACAGCUAAACACAGACACUAUGAUUCAGCUGCAAAAAAAUCUGUGCAAUAAUGGAAAAACAGACCCAGGCUCAGCAAUAGUUGCUUCAGUUCCUUUAUGUACAAGAUGAGGUCAAAAAGACAGGACCAACUAUUCAAAUAAUAGAAAAAAAUCUUUCUGAAUCUAACCUUCUUUCCCAUGCAUUUUCCUAAGUUUGUAACCUGUGCUCUGUGCUCAUUUGUAUCCUCCCCCUCAGCUCCUCUGACCAUGAGCCGGGCCGCGGUGAUAAGUUCUGAGCGGCAACGGGCAGCCGUGGAACCAAGGAGCAACAGCUGUUUGCCAAUGUCUGGUGAAAGCAUUGGUUUGGAGGCUUUGGCCUCACUGCAGGCGGGGUAUUUGGGAAAAGUUCAGGAAAGAGCUGCUUCACUGGAGGACUGUCCUUGGUGUAACUCCAAAGGGUUGACCUUUGCCCUACGCUCCUACCGGAUCAAUCUCCAGGAAUCCAUAACCCUCUGCACAAACCCACAGUGUCUUUUCCCGCUGGUUACUCGGCCCUUGGAGGAUGUUUUGGCUAGCCUAGCUCCUGUGGACCCUACGGUUGGGAACAAAAGGAAAAACGCCUUGGCUGUGGAAGACGUGAUUGAAUCUCCGCUCAAACGGCAGCGACUAAGCGAACAUGGCGAUCUCCGGCCACAGAGUGUUUCUUACGUGCCUGUCAGCUCUCUAGAGAAUUGCUCUUUAAACUCUGUGAUAAAUGGGCACAAAGGAAACCCAAACACUGGAAGUGAAAUAGGGAAUGGAUACCACAAGGAAAGUCCAGAUUUCAAGACAGCGGACUGGGACGACGGAGACGUUCAGGACAGGGAUGAUCCUGCUCCCCCUGCAUGCUCCAGUUCUGUUGGAUCGUCUUCAGACGUUUUGUUGGCUAGUAAUGGAGCAGAGCCCCCUUCUCCCUCUCCUCACCUUGUCUACCCGGAUGCAGCAAAGCAGAACAAUGUUCCACCAUUGAACACAUGUAGCAGAUCCACUUCCAGUCAGGCCAUUUAUCCAGAUUAUAUCAAAACCUCAUCGCCUCUAUGCAAUGAGCCGACAACGAAGGAAUCCCUCGAGGCGGACGUCUCCCCGUGUCGAGACGUUAACGGUUUCCGUUCAGAGAGUCGGGAUUCGUUGGACAAAUUUGUCUCUGUUCCAAAACAGCUUCUGUGGAGAAACAGCAACAACCUGUGCUGGCUGGACUCUCUGCUGGCUGUGUUGGUGAACUGUAAGAGCCUGAGAAAACUUCGACCUGAACGUCAGCCUCAGCGCUCGUCUGUGUGGCAACUGCUGAGAAAACAUGAAGACAUCUGUGCUGCAGUCCAGGAACAUCAGCAAACUGACAAAGAUGGUGUUCCCCGGGUGCCGAGUCACGUGCUGCAAAAAGCCCAUGUUGACCUACAGAGUCUCAGAAUGUCUGUUUUCAAGCUACUGCAACCCAAACUGCAAUGCAAACUGGGUCAGAGGGAAACUCCUGUUUUUGCCAUGCCUCUUCUGCUCAAGUUGGACUCCUGGGUGGAGCAUCUCUUCCAAGCAACUUUUCUCUGGGAGUUUAAGUGCAGCGCAUGCAAAGUUGUCACAAAAGAAAGGGUUGAAAAAACUCUCCCAACUUUCACAAAUAUUGUGUCUGAUUGGACUCCUCUCAAUGCAGCUCAUUUAGCUCCUUGUAAUGCAUGCAGCAAGAAGAACGAGAGGAGGACGAUGUCACUGGAGAGUGUACCUCCAGUGUUUGCACUGCACUUUGUAGAGGGGCUUCCUCACAACAACGUUAGGAACUACGCCUUCAGCUUCCAGGGGAAACGCUACUCAGUGACCGCCAUCAUCCAGUACAGCCAGCGACUCAACCACUUCAUCACCUGGAUGUACAAUGAGGAUGGAUCAUGGCUGGAGUAUGAUGAUUUAAAAAAUGCUUGUGAGACCCACCAGCACCUGCAGAUCCCCACUCAGGAAAUCCAUGUUGUCUUCUGGGAGGAGGAAGAGGAGACGCAGCCGUCCUUCUGCUCUCUGUCCAGCGUGUUGCUAGAACCUCUUCCAGCUGAGAUUGAAGCGGUUCCCAGUUUGAAAGACUUGAGCACAGAAGAAGUAUCAACACAACAAGCAGAAGACCCGAGUAGUCCUAUGAGGACUGAAAAUGUAGUUUCUUCUUUACCGGACAGCUCCGUCCCUGCAGCAGGGGGCAACUUGUGUCACAACACCGAUGCUCAGUCUGCGCCCAGCAGCAGCUCAUCUGAGUCAGAGUCGUCGAACAACUUGGUGAGUGAUCCCACGUUUGUGCCCAAUGCAAAAAAACGACAAAGCAGACCACCUAACCUUAGGAAAACCGUCGGCAGGCGGAAAGGUAAAAAAGCAGCUUCCUCCAAAGAUCCUCCGCCUGAACCCUCAGAGCUACCCGAACCCUCUGAGGCGCCCGAACCCUUGGAGCUGCCCGAAUCCGUUUGCCCUGCGCAAAGUAACACAGCUGCUGUUACAGAGCAGACAUCCGCGGUGUCUUCUAUUAACCUCUCCCCUCCACUCUUGACUCAGAAAGAUCGCUGGUCUUACAUACUAAGCAGACACCCUGUUAAUAAAGCUCAUAAAAACAUUUCACAUCCUCCUCCCACACAAAAUGGCGUAACAUCUGAAGUGAAGCCAUCUCAUCCCGACCCGGUGAAGAAGCCCCCAAUUCCUGCCAGAGUCCCCAGACCUCCGCUCAGUACAGAAGAACGUACGGGUCUCCCACCAAAAGCUGCAGAGAUGUACGGUGGCUUUGGUGCAAAGAAGCCCAACCCCGUCAUUCCUCCUCCAUCCUCUCCAGCUAUCCUAUCUGACCACCAUGCCCCUGUCACCUGGACGUCUGGUACGUCUCCUCUGCUCACUGAAAUAUCUUCAUUUAAAAAAACAAGAAGCUCAAAGAUUUCUUCAGGUCUUAGUGACACUGAAACCCUCAGAUACAAACUCUUGAAGAAGCUUAAAGCUAAGAAAAAGAAGCUGGCCAAGCUGAACCAGCUGCUGGGAACCGGAGGAGGAGCCCACUUCCGACCGGACAGCACCAACCUCAACUCUCCAAGCACCGUGAGCUCCAGCACCUACGACGGCUACGCCUCUUCUGACCUGUUGUCCCCGGCAAUGACAGCCAGCAGCCUUUCCCCGGACAGCACUGGCUUCCUGGAGAUGUUGGUUAGCGGGCAGGACGGGGCGAACCAGCUGGACUGUGUGGUUAGCGGUGCUGGAGCUGUGACUCCAACCAACUGUCAAACAACUCAGCAUGAAGGUCACAACUUCCUGGAGGAGUUUGAGUUUUUCUCGCAUUUCUUAUCCUGACGACAGAGAUUGAGGACGCUGGUGCACUUUAGCUUUUUACUUUUCAUUAACACUGAAGACUACAAGCACAGUUAACUGUAAGAACAUGAUGUGAGAUGGUUUUG